AUGCCUCUCCAACACCUCUCAGACGACUUUUCUGCUCAGUGCUUUCUUGUGACCCUCCUGGUUACCCUGUUGUCUACAUCAUCUGAUGCCUGUGGUAAGCCACCAAAGUUUGAAAACAUGCAGCUCAACGGCAGUCCUAAAACCAGUUAUAUGGCUGGGGAACAAGUACAAUACUCAUGUAGACCAGGAUACAGGAGACGACCUUCUAUGAAGAUGUCCAGUGUGUGUGCUGCAAAUGGCCAGUGGUCACCCAUUUCAAAGGAUGCUUGUCACAAAAAAUCAUGUCCAAGGCUAGAUGAUCCCACCAAUGGCCAAGUAAACUAUGUGAACGGAAGUUUGGAGUUUGGCACACAAAUUCAAUAUACUUGCAAUUCUGGCUUUUUCUUAAUUGGUGAAGGAACUCAAUAUUGUCUUGCUACAGGAACAGAUGUAGAGUGGAGUGCUGAACCGCCAAUAUGUUCAACGAUUUUAUGUAAACCACCUCCAAAUAUAAUAAAUGGAGUGUUCUCCCCAAGUAACAAGGACGUAUUUGAAUAUAAUGAAGUGGCAACUUACCGAUGUAACCAAGUUCCUGGCCAGGAUGAACUGUCACUUGUUGGCAAGAGACAGAUUUAUUGCACUGAAAAUCAAAAAUGGAGUGCUAACCCUCCUGAGUGCAAAGUGGUCAGAUGUCCAUAUCCUGUCAUUCGAAAUGGGAGACAGACUUCAGGAUUCAGAAAGAAAUAUUCCUAUAGAGCACAGGUUACGUUUCAAUGUAACCAGGGGCUUUUCCUUCAUGGGAGUGACACCAUCAUGUGUGAGGGUAACAGUACAUGGCAGCCACCAAUUCCAACUUGUAAGAGCAAUCCACCUCCUCCCCCUCCCACAACAUCUUCCACUACAAAUGUUUCAAGUGUUGCAAACUCUACAGGAGCACCGCUUGAUUUUGGAGAUUUAAAGAGAUGGAGCAUUUCUCUGAUAAUGAUGGCUAUGCUGGAGAUAUAG